AAACUAUAAUUCUAUGUAACUAUGUUUUCUUGUUUAUUUUAAUUGGUUUAAUAGAUUAUUGCAUGAUUUUAAAUGGUUUACAGUUUCGGAUCAAAGCGGCCUCCUCGCCUGUUGGCGGCGCUGUUGCGUUAAUCCGUUGAUACCGACAGGGAAGAAGAAGACGCCGCUGCGGGGAGGGAAGGGGUUCGGACUAUGUCGUCCUCGGACCCGCAGCCGCGGUUCGGUCAGUCCGUCAAAGGCCUGCUGUCAGACAAGGUGGGCUCGUGCAGCGGGGACGUCAUCGCGCUCACGCGCCAGGUGCUGAAGGGGUCUCGGAGCCAGGAGCUUCUCAGUCAGGCAGCGAGGAACAUGGUGAUCCAGGAGGACGCCAUUCUCCAUGCUGAGGACAGUCUGAGGAAGAUGUCCAUCAUCACCACACACCUGCAGUACCAGCAGGAGGCCAUCCAGAAGAAUGUGGAGCACUCCAAGAACCUCCAGGACCAGCUGACCCACCUGCUGAAGUGACGCUGCCUGCAGGGGGCGCUGCAGCCGAACGAGGGUGGGGGCAGGGGAACAGACUCCCCGCCCUUCAAAGACCUCCUCUGAUCCUUCCCAAAGCGUGUUCUGGCAGCUCCGCCUCUGGUGCUGGUCAUGUGAUGCGCUGUGACCAAUCAGACAGCAGAAGCAGAAAUAAAUUCUAAAGAUUGAACCAAAAGGGAAAACAAAUUUACAGCUUCGCUUUAUUUUUUCUGUUUGGUUGGUGUAAGAAUUCUGUGGGCGGAGCCUGAAACGAAGCGCUGCUGCUUCACUGUAACUCCUGCAGAUGGUCGGUGAGCUCUGCUGCUCCGGAAUCUGCUCUGCAUUAAACGAUGAAACAUU